AUGUUGACCUUGAGAGUCAGAGGUCCUGAAGGGUCCAGUACAAUUAAAAUCAGUCCACAAGCCACAGUUGAUGAACUCUACGAUCAAAUUUCUAAUCAGACCAACAUUAAGAAAGCAAACCUCGAAGUCCGGGUUGGAUAUCCUAAUCCCCAAAGCAUCUCCUCUUCGGAUAGCAAAUCAGCAAUUGAAUCAAUCGGUGUCAAGAGUGGCGAAGUUCUGCAAGUAUCCGCGUCUCAAGGAUCCUCUUCGAGUGUCCCCCCGCCUGCGCCAUCCGCACCUGGUCAAUCGACCCCACUGAGCAAGCCGGCCAGGGUCACAAACGACGUCGGACGGGCGCCGGCGAAAUCGAGUCUCUCCUCUCUAGCGCGGGUUCAAGACCAAAGCAGUGCCUCGCCCUCUGCAUCAAAGAUUGGACACGACGAUGGCCUGGACUCUGUCUCCGCCUCCGUUGCACUCGAGGCCGGUCAUCUGGUCCUGCGAGUCGUCCCGGAUGAUAACUCUUGUCUCUUUAGAGCCGCCGGAAUCUUGCUGGACCAUGGCGAUCAUAAUUCCUCUACUAUAGACCUCUCGCAUCGCUUGCGUCAGAUCGUUGCCGAUGCAGUCAAAAAGGAUCCUGUGACGUGGUGUGAGCCUAUCUUAGGCAGGGACCCCGAUCUUUAUACUUCUAAAAUCCUUGACAAGGACGUUUGGGGUGGCGCAAUCGAACUCGCCAUUUUGGCUGACCAUUUCCAAACAGAAAUUUGCUCCAUUGAUGUUCAAACCGGAAGGGUUGAUAGGUUUGGGCAAAGCCAUAACUAUGCAAAUCGAAUCUUUCUGGUCUACUCAGGUAUACAUUACGAUGCGAUCACUUUAUCGCCGAUUCCACCGGAAGAACUAUCAAACCAAUCGACCUGUUUCCCGCCAGAAUUGGACUUUGAUACGACGAUUUUCCCCUCGGAUGAAGACAGCUUCCUCCAUGCUGCUCUCCAACUGGUCUCUCAACUUCGUCAGAUGCAUUAUUAUACUGAUACUGCUUCGUUCACUUUACGCUGUGAGAUUUGUAAGACUGCUUUGGUGGGCGAAAAAGAUGCAAGAUCUCAUGCUGAGUCGACUGGUCAUACUAAAUUCGGAGAAUAUGCGUGA